AUAAUUCCAAAUUAAUAUCUGCGAUUUUACAGCUCAUCUUGAAAACAGUGACACCGCCGGCCGAAACCUCCGUUUUGGUGAUCGCCUCCGUCUCUUCUUUCUCUCUUCACUCACAGAAGCUAAAUCUCAAUCUGGUAAAUCGAUUAUGAGCAUCAAUUGAUUGAUUGAUGAUGCUCUAGGGCACACUUUUGUUCCCGUGGAAUCUCCUCCUCUCGUUUGGAAUCAGGGUUCCAGUGGCAGGAUAUGCUAGAGAAAGUCUCUGUUGAUUUACUUUGUUUGAGUUAAGUCAUGGCUCGUAAAGGAAGCCAUCAGAAGAACGGAGUAGUAGAUCACAACCAAAACAAGCCAAAGAAGAAAACUCCCGAGUCUCUGCCUUCUAAAAAGGGACAGGGGAAAGCUAGUGAAGCCGAGAGCGUCCUGAAACAGAGUUGCCAAGAUGAUGAUAAGCACACAAGAGGCAGUGAAACUUCAGAGAGAGACAUGGCUUCAGUUAAGGAUGUAGAUAACCCUGUUGCUUCAGAGACUGAUUUAGCUGGAGAUGAUUGUAACGAGCCUGGCUCUGCAACUACAACCCAAGAGACUAGACAUACUCUAUUUUAUCGUGAACGCAUCAACGCUCUUAUGAGAACCUUGCUGGAUAUUCUGAGCACCAACAGCCCCUCUGAGAAUAUUGGGCUAGCAUACAAUGCAGCAAUCAGGAAACUGAGGAUACCCGCUGCUACUGUAUCAAGGGAAGUGAAUCAGUGGAUGGAAAGAAACAGGCCUUUGAUAGUUUCUGUCAAGUCACGAGUUUACAAAGCCCGUGACGUUGUUACAAAGAAGAUUCGGCUAGCGUGCCCGGUUGUCUUCAGAUGGCUUAUGCACUUUGGCAGCAUUCUUCUUCUCCUAUCUCUGGUUUGGUUGGACUGUGCAAUCCGAGGCUUUGAUUCUUUCAUCAGGAUGGGGACAGCAUCGUUUUUCUCAAUCAUGUGGUGUGGUGUCUUCUCAGCUUUUUCCAUGAUCGGCGUGACCAAAUUUAUAUUGAUGUCGUUUGCAACUGUUCUGGUGUCGUUGUUCAUUGGAUUUGUUGUUGGAUCCAUCACCCUUGCCAUUUCUAGUCUGGUUUUCCUGUGGCUCUAUGGUAGCUUUUGGACAACGCUGAUGUUCCUCUUCUUAGGAGGUCUGGCAUUCAUGACGAAGCACGAGCGCAUUGCGCUCUUUAUCCUCACAGUGUAUUCAGUCUACAGUGCAUUGGGUUAUGUCGGAUGGCUAGGCCUUCUUUUGGCUUUUAAUCUUGCUUUCAUCUCGACCGAUGCUCUUAUAUAUUUCUUCAAUAACAAAAUAAACCAGCAGAGCACAGAUGGUGGACCCAGUGAUCCCUUAAAUGGUUCCUCUUUCGAAAACGGCCCUGGCUUUCCUGGAGACCGUGGCCCAGGAGUCCCGUCGACCAGCGGAACAGACUCUGAGUUAACAUCUGAAGGUGAAGUUGCUCGGUUGCUGAAUUGUGCUGACCACUACUCAGUUUUGGGCGUACCUCGGUAUGGGAACGUUGACAUGGCUUAUAUUAAGCGAGAAUAUAGAAAGAAGGCAAUGUUGGUACAUCCUGAUAAGAAUAUGGGGAAUGAGAAAGCAGCCGAAGCUUUUAAGAAACUUCAGAAUGCCUAUGAGGUGUUGCUUGAUUCUAUAAAACGGAAGUCAUAUGACGAUGAGUUAAAGAGAGAGGAACUACUCAACUGCUUUCGAAGGUUUCAGAAUUCUUCUCAAAGGAACCAGGACACUCGGGGACACGGUUUUGGAAGCUCAGAAGGCGAAGGAGAUGAAGCGUUGAGAGAGUGUAGACAAAUAGCGUGUAAAAAAUGUGGCAAUUUCCAUGCCUGGUUUCUAACAAAGAAAUCAAAAUCUAGAGCAAGAUGGUGCCAGGAUUGUAAGGACUUUCAUCAAGCAAAAGAUGGAGAUGGUUGGGUUGAACAGUCUUCACAGCACGUCUUGUUCGGGUUGAUUCAAAAGGUUGAUCUGCCGCGUGCUUACGUUUGCGCAGACAGCAAAGUAUAUGAAGCUUCUGAGUGGUAUAUCUGUCAGGGAAUGAGAUGUCCUGCGAACACACACAAGCCGAGUUUCCAUGUGAACACAAACGUGACAGGUGCGAAACGAGGAGGAACAAGUGGUUCAUCAGGGCAAAGAGGAAACCAGAGAAUGCCAAAUGCAAACAUGGAUGAAACAAUGACGGAGGAAGAGUUCUACGAGUGGUUGCAGAACGCCGCACAAGCCGGUAUGUUUGAUAGUGCCGCCGAGAGCCCUACUUCUGCAGCUGCGAGUAAUACUAGUGGUAGUAGCAGCAAGAAGAAGAAAAAGGGAAAGAAGCAAUGGUGAAAGAAAACAGAGCAACUGUUGUUUGAUACUAUUAUAUAAGAUGGUGGAAAUUUUGUCCACCCUUUUUUUCUUCUCAGAAACUAAACUUUUACUUUUAAAACUUUUAGUUCAUACAGAGAAAAAGCUCUCAACAGAAUCUGAUUGAUAGAUUCAAGUUUAUUGUCUUUUACGGAAAAUUCA